CUCCGCGGUCGGAAGCAGUUUAAAAACUCGACCAUCGCUUUGCAGAAGGAAGCCCUUGAUACGUUGUGCCUCGCCGCCCCAGUACUCUCACAAACAUCCCAGUCGAGCUGUUAUUCCGCAACUUCCAAACCUCUUCAGAGAAAACUGACUGCCCUCCUCCUUCCCGGCAGACAGCGGCCGCGGCUCCGCCACAGAAGGACCUUUUCUCCUUUAAGAAGGAGGGUUUUAAAAAGCCACUCAGUCAACGUGACUUAUUUAGGAAGUGAAGUUACUCCAGCUACAGUAGUUAAUCACCGGAUUAUGUGAGCUAAACAGCCGAGGCUGUUGACACAAAUGUCAGGCUGUGGAGCAGGCAGAAAGGACAUAACCGGUGUCGCUUUGAUGGGCAGAUGACAGCGCAGUAAGACAAGUGGGGAACCGUGGAAACAGCAGUUAACAAUGCCCGUGAGGUCGGGGAUGUGGGCUUCAGCCGGUCUCCUGGGGCUGGUCUUGGGGGGCAUCCCGCUGCCCCUUGUGCUGUGCGCGUCUCUGGAGCCCGAGGCUGUGCAGGAGCUGUUCACAUAUGGCUCCCUUACAAACCGCACCAGACCCGGGACUAACUUCCAAGUGCAGCGCAGCCUUACCGCAGGACCGAAAGGAGCCGCAGACGAGUGUCGCCUUGUGAUGAAUCAGUCAGUGGAGCGACGAUGCACGUUUGUCCAGAACACCCCAGACUGCAGCCAAGACGACGGCUUCAUCGACUACCUGCAGGGGGUCUUCUGCCAUUUCCAACCCCAGCUCUUGCCUCUCGCCAUCCUGCUCGAUGUUUUCUGGCUGUUGUUUCUGUUCAUGGCCCUGGGAAUCACUGCUUCCAAAUUUUUCUGUCCAAACCUGUCUGCUAUCUCCACCAGCCUCAGACUGACCCACAACGUGGCUGGUGUGACCUUCCUUGCAUUUGGAAAUGGUGCUCCAGAUGUGUUCAGUGCAGUGGCUGCUUUCACCCAUCCUCGGACUGCAGGCCUGGCUAUCGGGGCUCUCUUUGGUGCUGGGAUCUUCGUGACCACUGUGGUGGCCGGCAGUGUGGCGCUGGUCAAGCCCUUCACCGUGGCUUCCCGGCCCUUCCUGCGCGAUGUGGUCUUCUACAUGGUGGCCGUCUUCUGGACCUUCCUCAUCCUCUUCCGGGGCAGAAUCUCCCUGGGAGAGUCGCUGGGUUACCUGAGCUUGUAUCUGGUGUACGUCUUCACGGUCAUCGUCAGUGCUUACAUCUACAACCGGCAGAAACAGCGCCUGAACGGCCCUCUGCAGAACGGCACCCCUGGACCAGAUCUGGUGUCUGAUUCCGAUGAAGAGAUUCCCAACUUUCUCAAUCAGAACAUCCAGGACUGUGAGAACGAGUACCAGCCCCUCCUCCUCCCCUACAUCGAGUCCACGAGUGACAUCCUGCUCUCCUCCCUCAACCCAGUGGACAGCCGCAAGUGGAGGAGGAAGAGGUGGUACUGGAGAGCGGCCAAAGUGUUCAAGGUGCCGCUAGAGGUGCUGCUGCUGCUCACCGUGCCAGUGGUGGACCCCGACAAAGAAGACCGCGACUGGAAGCGGCCUCUGAACUGCCUCCACCUCGUCACGGGGCCGCUGGUUUGCGUGCUCACCUUCAAGUCAGGAGAAUACGGCCUGCACUACAUUGAGGGAGAGUUUCCCGUGUGGGCGCUGGUCCUGCUCGUCGGCCUCUUCCUCGCUGCCAUCGUCUUCUGCACCACGUCCAACCAGCAGCCCCCCAGAUACCACUUCCUUUUCUCCCUGCUGGGAUUCGUGGUCAGUGCCAUGUGGAUCAACGCUGCGGCUACUGAAGUGGUCAGCCUGCUGCGCGCCGUGGGAGUGAUCUUUAACCUCAGCAACACAGUCCUCGGCCUGACCCUGCUGGCAUGGGGCAACAGCAUCGGAGAUUGCUUCUCGGACAUCACCAUAGCACACCAGGGGUACCCGCGCAUGGCCAUCUCUGCCUGCUUCGGAGGGAUCAUCUUCAACAUGCUGUUUGGAGUGGGACUGGGCUGUCUGGUCCAGAUGCUUCACAAUCAUCAACCUGUCAAGCUGGAGGCAGAGGGGCUGCUGGGAUGGGAGCUGGCCGGGGCGCUGGGCCUCAGCCUGGUGUGUUCCUUCAUCCUGGUCCCGCUGCAGUGCUUCCACCUGAGCCGCGUCUACGGCGUCUUCCUGCUGCUCUUCUACGUGGCCUUCCUGCUGGUGGCCCUGCUCACGGAGUUCGGGGAGAUCCGCCUGGGCGGCGCCUGACCCGCUCGCCGCCAGUGUCGGACCCCGUCUUCCCAGCAGAAAGACUCGGGGCGCCCCCGUCUUCAUGAACUGCAGCAGUCUGGAGAACAAACCUUGCUCUGUUCAUCUGGAAACUGUGCCUUUGUUCAAAGGUGAGACGCCUUGUUGUAGGUGAGGCAAAUGACACACUAUUGUGUUUUUAGUCUAAUUAUAUUAAGUUUAUAAGUUUAUAAGUAUAUUAAGUUUGAGGUUGUAUUAAAUUAUUUGAUUUUACCCCUUUAUUUGUUGGCGUGGAGGUCUGAGUUUUAAACGCACUACAGUCAUGAACACUCUGUUUUUCUCUGACAAAUGAAUUGUCACACUUCAGGCCUCCAUCUGUUUUGGGCCUGUACCACCGUUAAGGGCUCUUCUGAUAGCUUACUGCGGUAAUUGAUGACUCAUCUUGCAGAAUUAAUGGUGAGCCAGAAUUUUUGCACUGGGUCAUGUGUGAGUACUGAGAGCCUUAGAAAGCUGCUUUUAGUUAUUUUGAAUAAAAUUUAUUCACGGUUAUGACUACAGUCAAAACUCAAUUAGGUGUCUGUAGUGUCUUCGUCCAUUGUUACAGCUCAGUGCCUUUUAUCUGUGGAUCCAACUCUGUACGGCACUGUCUCGAUUGUGUUGCAUUAACACUGGCCCUGAGCGAACUCCAGGGCGAAAAUGAAUUCAUUACUGCAGUUGAGCAUUUUCUCAGAACAUUCAGCCAGCUCUGUGCGGUAUAUUGCAGUUGUCACCUGAUGUUCAGGUGCUGUUAAAACCAUUUGCCUCAAGUCUUGCUUUCUGAGCUUCACUAUUCUGUCAGGCUGUAGAGCUGGAAAUCCUUUUUGGAUGGAGUUACCAGUUACAUAAACUAGACUGGAACGUAAUUUGGGGAACACUUUAUGGACUUCCCUCAUUUUGGUUUCUGUAUUUCAGGUGCCAAUUUCUCUAACACCAGCCACAGACCAAACAUUCAGUCACGUCUAACUUGGCACCAAUACUAAAGAUUCACAUACUACAGCAGCUCAGAUAAUGUGAAUAUAUGAGUCUCUAAAAUAUCUAAAUGUGUCUUGAUAUGAAGAAAUACCCCUACAUUACAAUUAGAAGAAAAUGUUAGAAGUUUUGUUUUUGCAUGAAGGCGUUCAUUUUAUAAAAAUGGCAUGUUGAAUUUAAUGGUGACUGAGAGCUUUUGUACAUGUGUGGGUUUUCCUGGCUGUCUUCCUUCACGGUCCAUCUGAGACUGAGUGUGAGUUGGACUUGGUGAUGAUCAGAGCUAGUUCAGCACUUCUGAUCUCUUUUCUGUUGACAGUGCAGUGCACGUUGGAUUCGUCUGUGUUGCAGAGGUUCUGAGGAGCCUGUACAGAACGCAGGGGCGUGAAUACUUUUCUACUUGAGCUGCAGACUCGGGCACAAAGCCUUUGAGAGAAGUUGCUCAGAGUUAGCACACCUCGACAGAGCGAUCGCAGAGCAGAAGGGUAGGAGCGAGUUGUGUGGGCUGGCUGAGAAACAAGCAGAAAGUGCCUCUAAACCUGCAACUGGCACAACCACACGACUUACAAAAUCACCGCAAGGUGUUACAAAAGAACCAUUUGCUUUACAGAAAUGCUCAUCAAACCCAUGUGGAAGCAUACUGCAGUAAGCACAGUGCUUUGGCCAAUUUCCUUACUUUCAUUUGCUUUACGUUUUACUGGUUUGUGCCAUUUUCUACCAUGCCUUUUAUUUGCUUGGCAGUGUUUUCAGUAGGGUAAACCACAGCAAACAUUUGUAACACUGCAUUCAGUAUUUGGAGUGAAUGAGGGUGCAGAUAUAUUGAGUACGUGUACAGGGUAAAAGGCUGUCUUUGUUUAGUGGAAUGGUGCUGACGUCUACAGUAGCUACACCACACGUUUGUUCAGUGCUGUGGUCUUCCUGUGGCUGUACUCAUUGCUUCUUGUAUGAAGAGUGGUAAAGAUGCUGGAAAAGGCUGGCCUCUGCUCACACACGUUCGUCUUGGGUGCGUUUGUGGUGGAUUUUUCUUUGCGCUCAGUAGGACUUCAGCUUAUAGUAUCGAUUCAUGUAUAGUAAGGCACACUGUUAUACCCACUGUGCGUUUUACUGUGGUGUUGUGUAGGAACAUCACUUUUCUUAAAUCCAUGCAUCCUUAUCUAAAACCCUCUGGUUUGGAGUGUCGUCUCGUGUUGUUAAAGAGGAAGAUGCUGGCGGACUUUUGGUGUUGUCAUUGGUACAGAAAACAACCUUCUGUCAAGGUUUCUUAUUUUGAAUAAGGUAGGGGUCUGUAUCAGCUGAGCUACUGCUCUGUGACUUCCUGUCACAAAGCUAAGUCAUGGACUGUGUGCUUGAAAAAGCCCUGCCGGGAUAUAAGCAGUCACCAGACUGCAUGUGAAGGCUUUCUUUCUAUGCCUCCCUUCCAUGCCUUUAGUUACUCUUUCUUUGGUGGUUUCUCCAUUAGAUGGUAAGAAAUCUUUCAUAUUCUGUCCUUGCACAUUGUGUAUAAAGCCAGUUCACUUUUGUCUUCUUUUUGCUGUUCUUCCUAGCAGCUCGACUGGCCUAGCUGGCUUAACUCACUCCUUUCUGGAGUCCAGCUGGAAACGAAAGCCAAGUUUUAAGUUGCAUGGUGUGGUCUGAACGUGCUGGGAGACAUUCCUCUGAACUCACACACGUUUUGUUUGAUGGGGGAAAAAGGGGUUUAAUUUCCCCCAAGCAGGGGUGAAUUAAAAAUAAGAUGAGAAGACACAUGCCUGGACAAAAAAUUAUAUAUUUUUUUACAAAAAUGAGUUGCGCAAUGAAACUUAAAUUUUAAAACAUUGAUGUAGUUUUAUUUUUUUUUAAUUGAUAUACUGUGGCUAUCUGUUUUGAUCAAGCUAAGAGAUCAGAAUUGAAAGUUUGACCAUUUCUUCACAGGGUUAAUGCCUUUUGAUUUGUUUUAAAUGCUUUUAUCCUAGGAGAGAUGACGUGAAUACCAGAGCUACAUGAAGUCAUUAUUCAGAUUAUCUUAACAGGGCAGAGUUCAGAAUUGAGUAUGUGGAAAUUAUUCUAGAACUCUUCGUGUUAUUGUGUACUAGAACAGUAUUUAGGUCACUGGGUGUACAGUAGGCGACGGUUGUCCCAAAGAGUUACUGCCUUUUUUCUACAUUCUGUUCAUGAGGUAGAACAAUGAAAUCUGAAAACAUUCUGCUGCGAAUCCUUAACCCUUCACAGAGUGAAUCAUCUUUCUUUUUCUUAUUUUAAGUGUUAAUCAGCAUUCUUUCAACACAAAAUAAACCAAAAAUCUGAAUAAAUACUUGGACCGUGCAUCUCUAAUGAAAUUAGUGCAUUUUGCCAUUCCAAGAUAUUUAAUCCAGCCAUUCUUUGCACUUGUUAAUACUAGUUCUGAUCCUGUUCAGUUCCUUUUUGGACCUGUGCUUUUCCCUGCUGCCCCAUGUAGAUUGUAAGUAAUGAAAUACAUAUUUCUGUGUUUUUUUUUAAAGGAUGUAACAUUGCACACUUUUCUACUGCUUGAUUUUGUUACCAGAUUCACAUGCCUAAUUUGGUUUUUACCUUUUUGUAAUCUCAGGAGCUGAACAGGUAUACUGUAGCUAUACUCACUGUUCAUCUGCAGCACGGGAUUUAGAACUGUGUGGAACUAUUUGAUAACCCCGACUUGGGUUUGUUUGAAGCUGUUGAUUGGGAUUAAGGUCCUUGUAUUGAUUUGAUUGAGUUAAUUGCUGUUUUCAAUCAAUUGAAAUUUGGCAUUUUAAAUGUUUUGCACAAAAUGUGAAUUAAAUAAAACCUUAAAAUAUA